GAAAAGGAGAAAGCUCAGGAGCAGCAGCAGCAAUCCGACUCCUGUGACAGCUUUACCAUGAACAUGUACCUGUUUGUGUAUGACUUAAUACAAUUCUGUGGACAUUCUUGGAUUUUUACAAAUAUGAUCAUCAGGUUCAUGACAUUUGGAAAAGAUUCACUGGCUGACACGUUUCACUCCAUAGGACUGGUAAUGCGCCUUUGCCAGUUGUUAUCUGUACUGGAGAUCCUACACAUCCUCAUCGGCAUUGACAAAAGCCGUCUCCUCCCCAGAUUUUUGCAGAUCACUGAGAGAAUAAUUAUUUUAUUUGUCGUGAUCAACAGUCAGGAAGAAGUUCAAGGGAAAUAUGUCGUCUGUGUUUUAUUUUUCCUUUGGAAUUUAUUAGAUGUGGUCAGGUACACUUACAAUAUGUUGGCAAGGAUGGGCAUAUACUACUUACCAUUAACAUGGCUCAACUUCUCACUGUGCAUCCCACUUUAUCCCCUUUCAGUUCUGGCUAAAGGAUUUGCAAUUUGUGUAUCACUGCCUUAUUUUGAAUCCUUUGGCACAUACUCCAUCAAGCUACCAUUUCCAUUCACAUUCUCAAUCUACUUCCCCUAUGUUCUGAAAAUGUACCUGCUAGUGCUUUUUGCAGGUAUGUGCUUUAUCAUCCAGAACCUCUUCUCUGAGAGAAUGGCACACCUAGAGACGGGCAACAUCAAAAAUAAAAGAAGCUAAGUUGAUAUUUUGUUUGGAAGGACAAAAUAUAUUCCUAGGGGAUUGCUGCACAUCACAGUUAAAAACAAAUUAGAAAAAGAUUUCUCAAUGCAAAACUCCUCUUUGCAUGAACAUUAUCCGGCUGUGUAGAAUUUUCAGAAAAGGCAAAUCUCUUUUGUGCACCUCAAAAAUACAGCAGCUUUUGAAAACUUUUGAAUGUUUUGAUUUCAAGUGGCCAGAAUUUUUAAAAUUAAUGUUUUUUUCUAAUAUAUCUUACAGAAUUCUGAAAAAAUUGAAGCAUGUCACAACUCACAGCCACACCCUUAUUUCAGUGUUAAUUCUUAUCUAUAGCUACAGAUAUUCUGUAAUGACAAUAUCAUUUAAUCUGUAAUAUUACUUUAUACUAGGCUAACAUAUAUGUACCUCACAUAUAAAUGCUAAAUUGGUGGAACUGGAAUUUCUCAAGGAGCAGAAGUCAGAACCUUUGCAACAUAGAGACUAACAUGCUGAUUAACCUAGGCAUUCACUAAGGAUCCUUCACAUUCUGGUCUCAUCCUUCAGUUAUCAAAAGAUGGUUCCAGAAAAUGCAGCUAAAUCAGAAGGGCAAGUGUUAAGGUACUCAUCUACUAUGUAUUCAAUGGGAUGUUUAAGGGUAAGAAAUAAACACUUUUAAUAAUGUG